AUGGGGUUCACAUGUGGUCUCGCGCAGAGGUUUCUCCGCAAACGAGAACCACAUAAAUACGCGCCCUUAGACGAGGUUGCGCACGAGAUCAGGCUCGUGACGCUACACCCAGCUCGACGGUUCAAAGACCCGGUUCGAAUCAGUUUGAGCAUUGCGCCGUUCACGUCGGGUCGAGUACCACAGUUCGAAGCUCUCUCUUAUGCAUGGGGCGCUCAUGAACAUACAUCCACCAUUUUCGUCGGCGAGAAGGGCUUCGAGACGCUUUCCGUGACCGAGAAUCUGGGGAUAGCCUUGCCUUAUCUCCGAUAUAAGGAUAAACCGAGAGUGUUGUGGAUCGAUGCUAUUUGUGUCAAUCAAAGAGAUCCUGAAGAGAGGAGUAAGCAGGUUAAGCGGAUGGCUGAUAUCUAUUCGAGUGCAGCAAGAGUUAUAGCUUGGCUAGGCCCGUCGUCGGAAACUACCGCUACGGCUAUUGGAUGUUUCAGGACUAUUGCAGCGCAUGUCGUUGCUCAUUGGGCGAAAUGGGAGAUGCAACCCCUUUCAGCUGACGGAUCGUGGGCCGAUGCAAAAGUUCCACCGCCAUUCUCCAGAGCUGCUUGUUUGGCUAUGUUGGAAUUCAUUAGCCAUGAUUGGUUUGAACGUCUUUGGAUAUACCAGGAGAUACGACUGGCGUCCCAGGACUCUAUUUUGUUGUGCGGCCAUCAAGUUGCUGAAUGGUCGCACUUCCGAACAGCAAUAUUCUUUUUAGAUCAGAAGAAGCAUCUGCUCGAUUGCCCGGAAGAUGUAUUCGGAGAGUUGAAAAACCGGAUAGACAUGACAUGGAGGAUUUGUCGCUAUGGUGGCUACAUACCACUAGAAGAACUACUUGAGCUCACCAACAUGUCUAAAUGUUCGGACCCGAGAGAUCGAGUGUUUGCCUUGAUAUCGCUACUGGAUGAGGAUAGCCGAGAAUGUGGGAUCGAGGCGGAUUAUUCGAAGACUACUCAGGAAGUGUAUAAGGACGUUGUGAAGAAGAUUGUGACGGGUAAUUUUGAUCUAAGACUUCUCUCAAGCUACGAGAUGGAUGAAUUCGAGGAGCAGACUCCGUCUUGGAUUCCGGACUGGUCAGUACCAAAGAUCACUCAGCUGUUACCUGAAUUCUCAGCUGCAGGAUGGAGCGAGUGCGUAGUUGAUUUUGAAGAAGAGGAUAUCAUGAAAGUGCAAGGAAAGAUGGUGGACUCAUUACUUUGGGUGGAAAAGUUUGAGCUUGGCAGUGGAGCCAGCGAUAUGAGAAUCUACCGCGAGUUACUCAGGGUACUUUCGCGCCUUGGCUUGGAGAACUUGGAAACCUCCCACAUCGGCGUACGCUCUCUGGCCAAGAUCCUCUGCGCCAACAACUUCCCGGAGCGUUUCAUUCCCGGGAUAGCCAAUUUACGGAGUAUAAGACACGUCGAGAGAGAGCUUGCUUUAGUUCUCAACGAGCCACCGGAAGCGUGGGAAGAAAGAUCUCUUGAGCUGUGGGGCGAGCUCCUGAAUUUCUGCAAAGGUCGAUCGAUGUUCAAAACUAAGAAUGGUUAUGUGGGCCUUGCGCCUAGAGCAACUCGUGUUGGCGAUCUUGUCACGGUCCUACUUGGAUCUCCGACCCCUACGAUUCUCCGACCGGCUCCUGAUCGCGGCUUCAGAUUUAUAGGAGAAGCUUAUUGUGGCGGGCUCAUGCAUGGUGAAGCGUUCGUAGGCCCUUUACCAACUCCUUUUGAGGCUAUUUUGGCGUGGCAUGAAGAGGAUACUUGUUACCGUGAUGGGUUUCUGAACACUGAGACUGGAGCCUUUCAGAUAGCAGACCCGAGAAUGGGUAACAUCCCUUUGCCGCCCGGCUGGAAAAUCAGAGAGCAUAGGAAGAAAGACUGGCGGCAAUUGUUCUUCAAUGAGACUACUCAGGAGGAUAAUGGGCAUUUUGAUCCGAGGCUUACACCAAAAUCAUUGAAGGAACGUGGGGUGGAUAUACAGACAUUCGACCUUGUUUGA